AUGGAGAACUCAACCCAAGUCAAGCUCUUUUAUCUCUUUGGCUUACAAGAGACAUUUAACAACAAAUCAGUAUAUUUUAUCUUGUCUCUUAUCACAUACCUUCUCAUCAUCACUGUGAAUCUGACUCUGAUCAUAACAAUCAUUCAGGGGAAAGGCCUCCAUGAGCCCAUGUAUAUCUUUCUGUGUAGUCUAUGUGUCAAUGGAUUGUAUGGAACUGCUGGUUUCUAUCCCAAGUUGUUACUGGACCUUCAGUCAGAUGUUCAGGUGAUAUCUUAUGGUGGAUGUCUGACUCAAGCCUAUGUAAUAUACACAUCUGUCCUGUGUGAAAUUUCUACUCUWACAGUGAUGUCUUACGACAGGUAUGUGGCAAUAUGCAGACCACUACUAUACCAUACCAUUGUGACAUCUUUAACUGUUAGAAAGUUACUCUUAUUUUCUUGGUGUUAUCCUUUAUUUAUAGCACUCAUAGCACUUAGUUUAACCGUCAGAAUUCCUUUGUGUGGAUCUCGUAUUGAUAAGAUCUUCUGUGACAAUCCAUCCAUACUGAAACAUGCAUAUUGUAAGGACUUGUGUAAAGUCGUCUAA